AUGUCCUCGGAGGUGCGCACCUUGAGGGACUCGAACAAGAUCACGACCUCCCCAAAGAAACCGUCACUGGAGACAGAGAUGGCGAUUCGGGAAGUCAAAGAGACCCUCAAUACAAUUAAAGAAGGCGUCACCAAACUGGCUCCUCGGGCGCCGACUACCUACGCCCAGGUCGCAGCUCGACCCAAACAAGAGAGUGCGGAGCAAAGACCCAACCACACUCUCAUCAUCUCGUCCCGGAACCCGCAGGAAACUGGCGAGCAAGUACUAAACAAAAUCAAAGACUCGCUUGACCUAACGAAGUCCGGGGCAAGGAUGGAAAGGGUCCGGAAAGCUCGCGACCAAAAAAUUGUAGUGAGGUGCGCCUCAAAAGAGGAUAUGGUCAAAAUAAGGGGUCAAGUCCAAAAGAACGCAGACUUGACGGUGCGGGAGCCCACAAACCAGGACCCCCUGGUUUGCGUGCGGGGAGUGCUUUCAAGUUACACCAACGAGGAGAUAGUAGACCUCAUCAAGGCCCAAAAUGGCCACAUCCUCGAAGGAGUAGACGAGAAGGCACUUAAAAUGAAGGUGCGGUUUAGGAAGCGCGCCCGAAACCCCCACGAGUGCCACCCUGUGAUCGAGCUUUCCCCGGUACUCUGGAAAAAGUUUAUAGACAGGGGCAAGAUAUAUAUAGGAUUCGGUAGAUGCGCAGUCGAGGAUCAGUCCCCCCUCAUCCAGUGCAUGAGGUGCCUUGGAUUCGGACAUACCAAAGCACUCUGCAAACAGGACAAAGACGCCUGCAAUUACUGCGCUGGUGAACACACGGGGGGGAACUGCCCCUCGAAAGCGAAGAGUGACCUGCCCCAGUGUAUAAACUGUCUCAGAGCCAAAAGAUCUGGUCAUGACCUGGGACACACUGCAUACAGCGCGGAGUGCCCAGAACGAAUAAAAUGGGAUAAUAUAGCGAGAUCACGGGUGCAAUAUUGCUAA